ACUGUAGUAAUGCCAAGCCAAGGUACUGGAGUGACACUCGGACAAAGUACUGGAGUAACAGUGCUGGGCCGUCUGGCGCAGUGACCCCACAAAUACUGUAGUAAUGCCAAGCCAAGGUACUGGAGUGACACUCGGACAAAGUACUGGAGUAACAGUGCUGGGCCGUCUGGCACAGUGACCCCACAAAUACUGUAGUAAUGCCAAGCCAAGGUACUGGAGUGACACUCAGACAAAGUACUGGAGUAACAGUGCUGGGCCGUCUGGCGCGGUGACCCCACACUGUAGUAAUGCUGAGCCAAGGUACUGGAGUAACACUGUUGUGCUGGCUGUGGUAAUGACCCCAAAUACCGUCACACCCCCAGCCUGCUGCAGUCCUGGGUCCCCAGUACUGGAGUACCGUUGUGCUGGCCCCAGCGGUGGGGAGUUCGAGCUAGACAAACGCAGGCAGGAAAUCAGAUGCCGGUCGUUAACAUUGAGGGUCAUUAGCCAGUGGGACAAUUUACCAAGGUCUGGGGGGAUUGUCCAUCAGUGGCCAUCUUUGGGGUGUUUUCCUAAGGGCUCUGCUCUGGUUCCAGCAGGAAUGAAGGCAGGGAGGCGGACGAGAUCGUGGGGUCCCUUUGGGCCUGGGAAUCUGAGCGGCUGCUGCUUCAGUCCCAGGGCGAUGGUGGAGGAGAAGGGGUCUGUGGUUGAGGCCCCACUCUGAGGAAUGGGGUCAGUGGGAUCGACGCAGCUGCCUGUGCCCCUCACAACUGUUAAACGGCCCCAGAGAGCUGAGGGGCUGCUCCCGGAUUAGCCCCAUGGAUCCCCCUGCCCCUCAAUUGGCCCUGCCUGGCGGGUGGGGUCCUUCAGCGUCAAAUGUUGAAUGAUUUGUGCCCCCGUGGAUUCUCUUCCGAGGCACACGUGUAUUGUCUUCUGGGCCCUACUGAAAAUUUGAACCCUGCCUAGGCGCCUCUUGGUGGGGCUGAGACGAGGCAGAGAGCGUGUGCACAUGCAGGGAGAGGCGUGAGGCACCCGUAGCUCCGUGUGCAUGGGCGUGCGUGCGCAUUACAGUCUGUGCAGCCCCUCACACGGACGGAGCUCCCCUGCUACAAACAGGCCCCUCCGCUGUCCCUGUCCCUUUAAAUCAGGUGAGCACUGGACCAGCAUCGCCAGCCAGGCUGUCCAGUCUCUGGUAUCAGAUCCUCCUGCAGGGAGGGGGGCUUGGCUCUUAUUUAAAGUGACUGACCAGCCAACUCAGGCUCACUCUGCCAGAGCGCUGAGCCAGCCGGCUGUGCAGGGGAGCCCAGAGCCGGCGCGAUGGCCUCUGAGCUGGAGCGUGCCAUGGAGGGGCUGAUCACCGUCUUCCACAACUACUCGGGCAAGGAGGGCGACAAGCGCAAGCUGAGCAAGAAGGAGCUGAAGGAGCUGCUGCAGACGGAGUUGGGCUGCUUCCUGGAGACCCAGAAGGACGCGGGCACCGUGGAUGGCAUCAUGCAGGACCUGGAUGAGAACGGCGACGGGGAGGUGGAUUUCAAGGAGUACGUGGUGCUGGUGGCCGCUCUUACCGUGGCCUGCAACGCCUUCUUCUGGGAAGACACCUGAGCGGGGAGCCUGCACCACCUGGAGCCCCCUAGAGCUGCACAUCCCGCCCCCCCAUUCUGAGCCAGCCGCCGGCAUCCUCUCUAACCAGCUAGACAGAGCUACUCAUUAAAGGCACCAAACCCA